CGGAGGCGCCAGCGCUCUGGGCUGGAGUCGCCGCCGCCGCAGCUCGGCACGCGGGGCGCGCCCUGACCCUUCGUCUCUGGGCAGGCCCGAGGGCGCGCGCCCGGUCGGCGUCCGGGGGCCUCGAACUCCAGGGCCUCGACUGGGCAGACCGCGGAUCUCCCACCCCCGGCCCGAGUGUGAGUCCCCCGGGACCGGGCCGCCGCCAAGCGCGGGCGCCACAGGAGCGGCGGGGCCCGAGGACGCGCCCCAGGCUCGGAAGAACAGCCCUGCGCGGCCGCCUCGUCAUCUGCAGCCGAGCGGCGGAUGAUCUUUUAAAGAAUUAUCGAAGACGAAAUUUUUUUAUUUUUGUUUUUUGUUUGUUUUUUAAUGGCUUUUCAGAAUUUUAAAUCGAAUACAAUUUGACAUGACGGCAAAAAAUGUUGGUUUGAGUUCCACAAAUGCAGAACUAAGAGGAUUUAUAGAUCAAAAUCUCAGUCCAACAAAAGGUAACAUUUCAUUUGUUGCAUUUCCAGUUUCCAGCACCAACUCACCAACAAAGAUUUUACCAAAAACUUUAGGACCAAUAAAUGUGAAUGUUGGACCCCAAAUGAUUAUAAGCACACCACAGAGACUAACCAGUUCAGGAAGUGUUCUGAUUGGGAGUCCAUAUACCCCUGCACCAGCAAUGGUUACUCAGACACACAUAGCAGAAGCUACUGGUUGGGUCCCAGGUGAUAGGAAACGGGCUAGAGAAUUUAUAGACUCUGAUUUUUCAGAAAGUAAACGAAGCAAAAAAGGAGAUAAAAAUGGAAAAGGCUUGAGACAUUUUUCAAUGAAAGUGUGUGAGAAAGUUCAGCGGAAAGGUACAACGUCAUAUAAUGAAGUAGCUGAUGAGCUGGUGUCCGAGUUCACCAAUUCAAAUAACCAUUUGGCAGCUGAUUCGCAGGCUUAUGACCAGAAGAACAUUAGGCGAAGAGUUUAUGAUGCUUUAAAUGUGCUAAUGGCAAUGAACAUAAUUUCAAAGGAAAAAAAAGAAAUCAAGUGGAUUGGCCUACCUACCAAUUCUGCUCAGGAAUGUCAAAACCUGGAGAUAGAGAAGCAGAGGCGGAUGGAACGGAUAAAGCAGAAGCGGGCCCAGCUGCAAGAACUUCUCCUUCAGCAAAUCGCUUUCAAAAACCUGGUGCAGAGAAAUCGGCAAAAUGAACAGCAGAACCAGGGCCCUCCAGCUCUGAACUCGACCAUUCAGCUGCCAUUUAUAAUCAUCAACACAAGCAGGAAAACAGUCAUAGACUGCAGCAUCUCCAGUGACAAGUUUGAAUAUCUUUUUAAUUUUGACAACACCUUUGAGAUCCAUGACGACAUAGAAGUGCUGAAGCGGAUGGGGAUGUCCUUUGGCCUGGAAUCAGGCAAGUGCUCUCUGGAGGAUCUGAAACUUGCUAAAUCGCUGGUGCCAAAGGCUCUAGAAGGUUAUAUCACAGAUAUCUCCACAGGACCUGCCUGGUUAAAUCAGGGGCUACUCUUGAACUCUACCCAGUCAGUUUCAAAUUUAGACCUGACCACUGGUGCCACCUUGUCCCAAUCAAGUGUAAACCAAGGGUUAUGCUUGGAUGCUGAAGUGGCCUUAGCAACGGGGCAGUUCCUUGCCCCAAACAGUCACCAGUCCAGCAGUGCAGCCUCUCACUGCUCUGAGUCCCGAGGUGAGACCCCCUGUUCGUUCAACGACGACGAUGAGGAAGAUGACGAGGAAGAUUCCUCCUCCCCAGAAUAAAGACAGGAGAAGACCCACGUUUUAGUAUUGAUGCUCAUGUGUGUUUUUAGUGUGAGCUCUUGUUUUUGAAAUGACUGCUUCAGUCCUUGCCUUUGUUUGCACUGUGUGUUCAGUGAAAACUAGGGAAACACAAUAAGCAAAUCACACGAAGGCUGAGAUGAUAGAGAUGAAGGUUACCAUAGCGUGAAUGAGAACUCGGAACAACGGAGCAUAGAUCACACCGCAAACAAAGCGUGUUUUCUGAGGUGAUAGAGGGGAUGGUCCCUGAAGAACUGGCAGCAUGAGUGAAGCUCAGUUUUCUCUCGUGAGGGGGAGCAUUGCGUCCCCCCGCAUGUAACCCUUCGUAGAGUUGAGAUUGCUCCCGUGAACAGUUCUGGGUGGUCUGGGUUCUCGUGUUCUCUCCCUUGCCUGGGUCGCCUUUACAAGGCGGAGAUGCCCCUGAACAGUUCCUAGUGGGGGAGUUGUACAGGGUGGGUGUAGGUGGCGAUCCUUGUGGGCAAAGGAGCACAGAUUAAACUGCUGAACUAGUUGAAAGUCUAGUCGAGGUGCUUUACGCAUCAGCUGCCUUAGACGGCUUCUAGAAAGGAGCGAGCGCUACUUCUUAAGUACUUAAGUGACAUUUAGAAUAAUUUAUAGUAAAACUGAAAUUAUCAUUAUUAGCCAAUGCAGUGGUGCAUAGAAUUUUCUAGGGCUACUUCUGGAAGCCAAAAUAGAAUAGCAUUUCCACGUGCAUUAAAUACUUUGCCAGCACUGCCUUUUGCCAGCAUUCUAAAUCUGGAGUUUUACAGAGAAGGAACUUGUAUCUAUAGUUUUAAUCAAAGCUAUGCAUUUCUUACAGCUUUAUCAUUUAAAACAAAAACAAAAAAAUUCCUAUGACCGAAUUGCUUGCUUACAGUUCCCUGCAGUAAUUGUAUGAUUUCACCUAGUGUGCAAUUUGUGAAAAUGAACCAAAUGUCAUUACUCUUGUCUUAAAAGUCUAUUUCAAGAACCUGAACAGCAAUGUUUUCCUGUACAUGUCAUCUUUUGUACAUUUUCAUUAAUCAAAAUGACCUUAUUGGGUUUAUUCCUGGGUAAAUCGCAUUUCAGACUAACUCGAUAUUGAGUGUUUCAUAGAAACACCAAAAAAUGUUGAACACUCCAAAUCAUUGGAUUUGUAGUAGUGCAGUGAAUAGUAUGUUAUUUCAUAGCCAAAGAUGCGGCUCAGAACACUGCAGUGGUGUGUCCACAGUUACUGCCCCUCUGAAGAGGGGGUGUGGAAACAUCUGCCACCACGGCCAAACCCCAACUUAAUUUCACAGGAAGGGCUUGCAAAGGAGAAAAUAACAAUGGAAAGUUGACUCUGAAUCUUUGACUUGAAUCAUUGGGAUGUCCCCUAGCUUACGCAUCUAGCAUCUGUGGGCCCAGCCCCGAGCUUGGCCCAAAUUGGUUCUUUUCUAAAUCCCAUGGGGACAGUGUGGGUGCCUUAUGAUGCCUUUUUAAAGCUCUGCCACUCUGCUUACAGUGAGCUGGAGGUGAAAGAUUUGGCUGACCUACAAUUUUUCUUAAGGUCAUAAAACUAAUACACAAGAACAUACAACUUUACUUAAGUUCUUUGAGACAAAAUUCGUUGUGUCAGAAAUAAGCCAUAGUGCAGACUCAGCGUGUUCACGGGGGGCAGAGAGAGAGGCAGUUUUUAGAGAAUUCUGUCCAGCCUGAGUCUCUGGGGCACCCCUCUUAGGUGGGCAGGUGGGAGGAGUCCAAAACACUGCAGAGGCCACAGCGGGUCCCCGUGGCCUCAAGAGACAUUUCUGACCUGCUCAGUCUGGUAAAACCCGAUUCCCCUCCAAACUGUCUUUCAAGAGGCUGCUGCCUCCUUUACUAACCCCAGCCUUUCUCAUCCCUGUACUUGAAGGGGGCUCAGCAGGGACCUGGAGAGGCCAAGAGUGACAGCUGGCUCUUUAGUCUCGAGAAUAUUGUACUCCGGGUCCCGAGACCUGUGCGUCAGCAUUCACGACAGGUGCAUUAAUCAUGACCGUUCCUCUACCGACUAGCAGAAUCCUCGCCUGAGCCCUUGGGACCCCCUCCCUUCUCUACUCUCGCUCUCUGCUGCGAUAGUGCUUUAAAUUGAUAAAAUAUGGUUUAAAAAAAAGCAACCAAAGACUCUUAUCAUUAUUGGUGCCCCAUCAUUGGCCGUCCCAGCCAUGAGUCUGUGGUGUUUGAUGGGCAGUGGCCUCCGUUCCUCAGUAACGUGUUUGGGUUGCUGCUGAGGACAUCUAGUAGUCACACUGUGGUCACCUUGCACGUCGCCGGUGUAAAGCCUUACCCGAGGAGAAAACUAGGUAAGAUGUUUAGAAAGAUAAAUCCUGUUGUUGUUCUGUAUCUCCCCUAAACAGAUUUAUCUGGGUCUAAAGUUCAGCACUUAGAAUUUCAUAUAGAAAUCAAAGUGAAAACAUGUUAGGAAAUCGUGGUUACAGCAUCCAGGCUUCUGUAUAGGAGUAGCACUUGGGGUUACUUGCACGUGCGCGCACACACGGACACGCGCACACACACGGACAUGCUCGCACACACAGACACACACAGACACCCCUCCAGAGGGUGCUGGUCACACUCUGGGGAGCUCAAGAGGCCUUUUCCCCCUGAGGGUCAGUUUAGCCGUUGCCCUUUCAAGUGCGUAGUGUCCUUGAGUCAGUAAACCCUUGCUGCAUUUAGCACUUGGCACAGGUGGCUGGCCACAUUUGACCCCUAAGUGGCAAGGGGAACCCUGCCAGGGUCCACGGCAGCGCUCAAGGCACCCAGGGCCCGCCAGGCUUCCCUUCUCCCGUCCGCACUGUGCAUCUGUCUCCUCUUGACCUUGCAUGUGACAACAGGCAACAAGAGCAGCCUCAGUGAGUGUUGAUCUAAACUGUGCCUUACGAUCACGGAGGACUUUGGGGAGGGGCAGGAAAGGAGGCGCUAACGCUGAUUCCUCACCUCAGCGCUGCCCACUGCCGCAGAAAACUGUACAGAAGAUGACCACAUGUUUUGUUUCCUUCAAUUGAAUUCUGUAUAAAAGUGGUGGGGAGAACACUGUGUAGUUUCUGCCGUUUUACCAGGAUGAACGAGAAUAACUCCCCUCGCCAGCAAAAUUUUCUUGUUGUAACCAUACUCUGCCAUACUUGAAAAAUAAUGCCAGAGUCGGUCCUCAAACACAAAUUAGCCCCUAUCAGAUCAUUCAAAUGGAGGUACUUCACAAAGGGGUGACUUCACAAAGGGGUGGUUCAGGUUAGCCAUGCAGACAUCUGUAAGUCGGCCCUUUGCUAAAUCACAGCUCUGUUGGCUACUUGGGUCAUUGCUCCAAGUACAGAUGUAACUUGGGCCCCUGUGACAUCAGAACAUAGAGGAUUGGGUCUUGCUGGGGGCAGGGUUAGCAAAGGAGGGGAGCGGCCUCAGCUGUUUCUACCAUAACCGCAGCCAGAGAGAAGCCUGUUUAGCUUCAUCAGUGAUUCUCUUCAAGGGCCCUUUAAAUACCUAUCUCGCUCCCUCCCCUCAGGCAUAUAAAAGAAGUGCCCUACCCAACAAACCUGUGAGGUAGACCCUAAGGCUGUGCUGCCUUAGUGGUAAGUAUGGAGUGGGGCUUGGAUGGUGAAUGUAGAGUUAAUCUGUCAGUAAGUACUCGAGUGAAUACAGGACAGAGAACAUUCAGAUUGAUCAGUGGUACGGAAAAAAUGACAGGGUAAUGGGACAAUGGGGGAAAGGCUACGUUGGGGGUGGCCAGGGAAGGCCCCCUGAGAAGGUGACAUUUGUCCUGAGUCAGACAAUUGACAGACGGGUGUGUGUCGCAUGACACGCACUUGGAGUCUGCUCAGUUCCAGGGGCCGCACUGUUCCAGUUUUAAGCAUACGUUUUGGAGUCAGCUAAGGAUUUUUAAGAUUUAAAAGAAAACCAAACUUAGCUACCAGUAGUACCCAUAAACCAAGAGAAGAUUCUAACACCCAUGAAGUUCUCACUAUUAGCUUGGUUACCUUCCAGUUGAACCUACACCAUAAAAAAAGUAAUCACUUUUCUAGGUGUUUUCUUCUAGUUUUUACAAGUUAUUGGAUACAUAAAGACUGACUUUUUAUAUUAGAUACAUAAAAGGUAAUCUUUUAUUCUUUUAUUCUGCGUAUGGUCAGGCUUUAGUGGAGUGAAAGACUACUUCAGGCCCCUUGUCCCCAAUAGGUUCCUCAUCUUCAUGCACCCAAAGCAAUGUCCCCAAGCACUGAUGAUCCUCAUGUCUGUCUAUUGAAGACCCAUGGUGUGUGCCAGGGGCCUGCACCAUGCCAUGUGAGGGCCUCCCUGCCUCCAGUUCACGGUCUGUACAAUGUUCAGUUCAUUUAAUUUCCACUCAGGCCAAACACUGUUACUCAGAAGAAGACCAAAGUUUGCUUAAGAUUUUACCUUUUUAAAAAAGUUCAAGCCGAACGUCCACCCAAAUUAUAAUAUUUCUCAGGAAUUAGCCCCCCUCCAUAAUCCAGAUAUCUCUGAAAAGUUAUGCCUGGAUAACCGUUGGGAUCCAGUUUUCGCACAUACAUCUACACUCACGCUCUGCUAAGGAAGAAAAAGUGAAGGACGCAAAACUUAGGCCCUCCGGUUACACACCAGGAGUCCCUGACAAGUGCAGGAGCUUAACUGGCAGCAGCCAUCCGUUCACCACGGUGUGGGGACAGGAGCAAAUGUGUUCAUGUACCGUGUAGUCCAUGCAGCUCUUCUCUUAGGCAAGGUAAGAUCAUGUGCCAUUCUUACAUAGCCUUUGCUUUACAAAAAGGCCUGUAGGGCUCAAUGCCACCUUGACGCCGUGCUAGUCCAGCAGAUGGGACUCUGGUCCUCCCUGCUUGUAGCUGCACUGGAAGCCAAUGUAGCUGAAAGGUAGGGGUAGGACUCAGCCCAUCUCCAUCACAGGUUUCAGAAUGGGCGAGAACAUCUCUCCCUGCCACUCAUUUAAAACACGGAACAAGUUGAAAGCUUGGCUUGCCUAAUGUCCCUCAGCCUGUCUGGCAGAGUCUGCACCACAACCCAGAAUUAUUUUUCUUGUAAGGGCCAUAUUGCCUCCUGGAAACCACGGCUUCACCACAAUCCUUCCAGAUGGCUUUUGGAUUAGCAUCAGCCAAGGAGCAGAAACGGGACUCCACUCAUGAGUCCUAGCAUGAGGCUGUGGUGUCAGCUUUGGGCCGCUCUCAACUCAGAGGACCUCAAGUGUAGACAGUCACACCUGGGAAGAAACUCAUUCCUCCAUGGGCAAGGACUGUCAUGCACAGUGGUCCUUGGUAGGGGGCUUGAGAGGUUGUUACCAACUGACCCUUCUGUGCCACGUUAGCUUGUUUCUGUCCAUGUCUGUCUCAGCAAGGAAGCUUCCCCAGAUCAUGUUUGGGUUUUAAAACCCGUCAGUUUGUCACUUCAAACUCACCAUGUUGUGACUUACCCUGCGUCAUCUUCAACAUGCCAGGCACUGUCUGAUAUACAAGUGGUCUCAUGAUUUUACUUGUUCACAACUGGGGUCAAGGAUUUUUUUCAUACCAAAAGGUCACUGAGGACCCAGAUGCUUCUCUGCUGGAAGGCUUCUCUGAGCACUGGCAGUUCUGUUUUUCACAGUAGAACCAUGACAGGUUCCACCCUUCAGUGUCCUGAAAAAUGGAACUACCAACUAGCCAACUGCACGGGCUGCUCAGGAGGCCUGAGCUCUGAGGCCCGCGGUUCAACACUGUGAGUUCCUCGAGGUACUUGGUUUACCACCACGCUUGACUCGUGGACGAAAAAGAGAAAGGCUGUGAGCCCAAAUCACCAGUUUGUUCACCUUUUCAUUUAGAGAUGCUUUAUUCUGAUCAUGUGCUGUUAGGUCUUAUUUCCAGGAAAUAUAGUUUUGCUUUUUUAUGCAUGAAGGAAAACAUCAUGGUGCCACAUGCUUUAACCAGUUUAAACAAGAGAAAUAAGGAGAAAAUGCAAACACCACAUCUGACUUGCCUAAUGUAGACUUUAUUAGAUGGAAGUACCUAACCUAAUAUGAUGUAUUAUUUUGUAGCAUCUCAAACUUUGUAAAUAAAUACCAUUAUUUUUAUAUGGAAAUUUUAUAGAAGAGCUAUUUCUGUAUACUUAAUUAUUCCUGGAUUUUCUGAAAUUGCUUCCAAUAGAUAAUGGACAAGUCCUAAGCAGUGUUCCUCUAAGGAUGGUUCAAGGACCACCUGCAGCAGAAUCAAUGGGGGGAGUUUUAAAAUUUUGCAUCCCUAGGACCCGCCCCAGACACUCAGAAGCUCUGGGAGUGGGGCCUGGGAAGCUGUAUUUUUAAUAAACUCUCAGUGAUGUUUUUUGUCCAUUAAAGUGUGAGUAUCCUUGUCCAUCCUGUAAGAUUAAAAGAAGGAAAGAAGAAAAAAAGCAUGUGAAAUGAGUAUAAGUUGUGCCUGAGAAAAAAAUGUAUCAAUCAGACUGUUCUAUGAUUUGAAUGAGAUGUACUAUAGAAAAAAUAAAUAAUUUAAAAUAA